CCCGGCGGGACGGUGUGCGAUUCGCGUUGUUGCCGACCGUCCGAGAGGCGAGCACCAGAUCAACGACGUUCCUCCAGCCGAGACACACGCGUACGCGACGACGAUUUCCAGCACGUGACAUACUCCAGCACCAUGCUGUUCAACGUAACGCCGUUUUUGGCGGCAGUGCUUUUGUGCACAGCGGUCGCAGCGACCGAGGUGACCGACAAACCGGAUAUGUCGAAGGGGAAACGCGACGUGGGCCAAGGAUACGGCUCGUACGUAGGCUACGCUCCGGCCGCGGACUACGGAGCGCCAGCAGUCGGACAGGACUUGGCCACUGCGUACCAGUACGCGGCGGCGGCUCCGAUCGCCACUGCGCAGUACGCCGCUUUGCCCGCGGCUCCAGCCAUCGGUGCCCUGGUGUUACCAGCCAAUCAGCUAUUCUACCCGCAGCAGCAGCAGCAACAGCAGGUAUACGCGUACCCGUCGGUCGCGGCCUACAGCGCCCCGUUAGCUUCGGUGGCUUAUGGUUCACCGGCGGCCACGGUGUACGGUUUCCAAUCGGCCGCUUACGGUGCAGGCCAGUCGGCCUCAUACGGUUCCGGUAGCCAAGCCGCGUACAGCUCGCAGCCAUCCGCCGCCUCGUACAGCUCGUCGCCGGCCGCCUCGUACGGUUCCCAGUCGUCUUCUUCGGCGUACAAGCCCGGGCCAGUCACUUUCGGCAAACAGGAAUACUCUGCGGAAACGUCCACCUACUCCACGCCGUCGUACCAAACGUCACCGGGAUUAGGAUCGUACGUCUCGUCGUCGUUCAAAACCAACAAGUACCCGUCUACGUCCAGUGACUACUACGCGUCCCAACACCCGUCGUCCUCGUACGGCUUCACGAAACCCGGUUACUCGUCGGAUAACUCGUACAACAAAUUCAAGUACCCAUCGCAGCAGUCGUCGUCGUCGUCGUACGCCGGAGGCGCGUAUAAACAGACCCCGUCGGCCUACUACAAACCGUCGCCAGCGUACGACCUGUUGAACCCGUCGUACGGACAGUCACCGUCGUACGGACAAUCGUCAUCGUCGUACGGCGGACAGUCGUCGUCAUAUGGCGGACAGUCGUCGUCAUACGGCGGACAGUCGUCAUACAGCGGACAGUCGUCUUACCCGGUUGUACCGCAAAAGUACAGUGGCUCGUACAGCAGACCGUCGUUGCAAUCGUAUGGUUCACCGUCGGUAUACAAACAACAGUAUUCUUCCCUGCACAAGCCGGCUUACAGCAGCUCCGGCCCGGCCUACGAAUCGUCUUCCCCGUACAAACUAUCCUCUUACCCGGCUGGCUCGUCUUAUGAAGGAUACAAACCGGUAUCUUAUGGUAGUUCAUCCUACGAAGGUUCUCCGUCGCCGUACAAAUCGUCUUUCAGCAGCUCGUCGUAUGAAGGAUCUUUGUCUCCGUACAAAUCAGGCCAUUACAGUGGCUCGUCGUACGAAGGAUCUUUGUCCCCGUAUAAAUCGGGCCAAUACAGCAGUUCGUCUUACGAUGGACUGUCCUCUUAUAAAUCGUCACCUUACGGUAGCUCACCAUACGAAGGAUCAUCGUCCUCUUACAAAUCAUCACCUUACAGCAGCUCUCCAUACGAAGGAUCGUCGUCUUCAUACAAAUCAUCACCAAUCUAUUCGUCCGGUUCUUUCAAACCGAUACCUUCCUCUUACUCCCAAAGUGAAUACGAAUCACUUUCGUCUUCGGGUUACAGCUCCAAGCCAAGUUCUUCCGAAUAUAGUUCUAAAUAUUGACACUAACACAAUGUUCCUUUUUUUAGAUAAAUUUAUUUUAUAAUAAAAAUGUUUAGAUUGUACCUUUCAACAAU